UGUAUCUCUUUAUGCGUGCGGCUUUUAUACAUGCGAGAUGCGUGUUGUGUUAGUCUAGAUGUGCGGUUGUAGCUUGAGAUCUGCCUGUUUUAAAGUGGUAGAAUUUCCUAACUUAGGUCUGUUUGAAGAGGAUCUUCGGGAUUGUUCGUCUAUUUUCCUUGUUUUUCAUUCAUUGAUGUGUUUGGUGAGCCUCGAUUUUGGAUUUGGCUACUGCGAUGUGAAUUUUCUUUUAGAAAUUGAAUAUGGCACGUGAAAUCAUGCAUGAUCCGCUCGGGGCUGUUGCGACUUUAGGAUGUUUUUGUGGUGGUUAGGUUCCGAGGUUGCUUUAGAUGGAAAUGGUAAUUUUGCUUCAGUUUUCCAGCUGUAUGAUCUCUAUCUUCUAUAGAUUGCUUCUUUCAUGUUAGUGCUUAUGUUUCUGGAAAUUGUGUGGAAAUACUCCGUGGCUUAAUUAAUGUCCACUUCAAUGAGGAGGUUUUUGUUGUUUUGCUGUUAACAUAUAUUGAAUACUGCAUUAUAUAUUGAACUUCUGAAUGGCCGUGUCAUGACUAUAUUUCUUAUUUUGAGAUUGCACGCAGUCUUGAUUUAUUGUAGUGAAACUGGCGGAAGUGCGAAAGGAAGUCCAGUGUCCAAUAUGUUUAGGCAUCAUUAGGAAGACAAGAACAGUCAUGGAAUGCUUGCAUCGCUUUUGCAGAGAGUGCAUUGACAAAUCCAUGCGACUUGGCAACAACGAAUGUCCUGCUUGCCGCACUCAUUGUGCUAGUCGGCGUUCUCUAAGAGAUGAUCCAAAUUAUGAUGCCCUGAUCGCUGCUCUCUAUCCAGACAUCGAUAAGUACGAGGAAGAGCAGGAACUGGCUUUCCAUGAAGAGGAGAGAGCUCGCAAUAAGCAGAUCCAAGCUUCUAUUGCCCAGACUUUCCGUCGUCAAGCUGAAGCUCUAGGAAAGAAACGAACAACAAGAGCUACAUCCGCAACAUUUGUCAGGAGGCAGGGCAAUCAUCGAAAUUUGCGAGGUCGGAGAAACCGUGCUGCUGAACGCAACGGAUCUGAUGAAGAGGAAGGUAUUAAUGGACAUGAUGAGAGUAAAGACUCAUCCUCAACUGACGAGCACUCUGAACCCAAAACAAAAAGAUACAAGAGAUGGGGAGGAGCUCGUAGAUCACAGCCAUCACCGGGGGGUAGUGGAGAUGAUGCUGAUUAUUCAGAAGCAACCAGGGGGAUACUUGGUGCAUCUUCUACACCUCAUGGCAGUACAGAACUUAUUGCCUGGGGAAGAGGCCGCAAUCGCAGUAAUAACCGACAUGGUGGCCUGAAUUGGACAAAUGGUAGGGUUACUAGGGGUCACCGGUUGUCAAAGCUGACUAAUCGUCUCAAAUCUUUACAUGAAAGCGAUGAAAUGUUGAAAAUUAGUGUCAUGAUUGUCUCAUUGCACGAAGAGACGAUACCCAACUUGAAGCGACCGUACCUCUGCUGCAGCCCCACAUCGUCAGUGAGACACUUAUGCCAGUAUGUUGCUAUGCAGACAUCCAUGGAAGCCAGUGAGAUUGAGAUGCUAAUAAUAAAAGACUUCCAUCCUGUGAACAACUCGCUAAUUCUCCCGAAAGAAUCUGGUGCCUUAGAUCCUAACCAGAACGAGCUGCAUUUGUUGGAUGAGCAGCAAACUUUGGAGGAAAUUAAUGCCAGGUUUACUCAGCACCAUCUGGUUUUUGCAUACCGGCCAAAGGCGAAACCCGAAGGGAAGUGAUGAUAACUUAAAUCGGUCUUCCUGUGCCAGAACAAUGCAGGAAGUAAGUUUCCUGCAGUUUUUCUAAUUAUAUACAUGUAUAUUCCUGUUCAACUCAAGUGGUUUUACAAGUAAAGAGAGUUACCAUAUAUAAGCAAUCAAAGCAACUAGAUUCUAGAGACUAUGGUGAUAUAGUUGCGCAUAUAUAAUAUAUGUAUGCCUUCAACUUGUUAAAUUAUGUAUGGUCUUUUGUAUGCGAAGAAGCAUCCUUUUUUCUAAUGGAGCCUCUCACAACACUAAUUAAUGUUGAGCUGUUUUUCUAUCA